CGGAAGUGCAUGGCGGCGCCCAUAGCUGGCAUGAACUUAGUGGACUAUUGACAGUUUAAAAUUAUAAAUUAGACAAGGCAAUCAUGGUUCGUUAUGCCCCAGCUGUAUAUCGGAUGUUACACGGCAUGUUCGCGGUGUACAAACCCCCAGGGGUUAAAUGGAAAAUGAUACGUGACACUAUAGAAACAAAGCUGUUAAAAGAUCUAAACUCUCUAAAGCAGCCUCCUCCCCAGCAUCAUGUCCGCUUCCUUCCAGCAGGCACAGAAGGCAAUGAUAGAGUAGAGUUAACCAGAGUGGUCACAUCAGUGCCAGUUCUGGCUGAUCAUGUCCUUGUUAAAGGCCCGACUUACACUCACUUGAAGGUUGGAGCUGGUCACCGGCUGGAUACUCAGUCAUCAGGGGUCCUGGUGUUGGCGAUUGGACAUGGGAACAAACUUCUCACGGAAAUGUAUAACAGCCAUUUUACCAAGGAUUACACUCUACGUGGGACAUUUGGCAAAGCAACAAAUGAUUUCACGGAUACGGGGAAUGUCAUUGAGAAAACAACAUAUGAUCACAUCACCAGAGACAAGCUCGAGCGAAUCUUAGCGGUGAUACAGGGAAGCAACCAGAAGGCUCUGCUCGUGCAUUCGCAUGUGGAUUUGAAAACCCAAGAAGCAUAUGAACUAGCGGUGGAAGGACAGCUCCGCCCCAUUGUGAAAUCUCCGCCCAUUAUUCUAGGGAUGCGGUGCCUGGAUUUUUCUCCACCGGACUUCACCUUAGAGGUCCAGUGCAUGCAUGAAACUCAGCAGUACCUUCGCAAAUUAAUACAUGAGAUAGGAUUGGAGCUGAAGUCCUCUGCUACGUGCAGCCAAGUUCGGCGGACCCGAGAUGGCCCCUUUACUCUGGACUGCGCUCGAACCCAUAACCACUGGGGACUGGACAGCAUCUGUCAGGCAAUCCGUGAGUGCAGGGAAAUAGCUGCUGAAUUUAGCAGAGCGAGAGAGCUCAGGAGUGCUGAAAUGCUGGAGCACGAGGAACCGAAGGUUGCACAGUUUAGCAAAGAGGAGGAAGAGUUACGGUUGUGACCAGAAUGAGGCACAAAUUCAGGAAUAAUCCUCUGUAUCAGAUGGACCCUUAAUCAUACCUAUGUGUUUAUAUCCUAUAUUUGUACAGUUUCACGGUUACAUGACUCACCCUAGAAACGUAACUCAUUCAUUCUGAACUACAACUUAAAGGAUGAGUUUUAUCUACUUCAUUUUAUAUCCACUUUCAUUUUGGACUAGAGGCAUUUUCUGCUGUCAUAUGAAUUUGUGGUGGGAAGAAACCAAACCUUUCCUGAGCAAAACUUGCAGGCAAAGCUGUGUGGCCUCUCCCUAGAUUCCUCUUUAGAGUGCAGGUGAGACACUUGUCCAAACUAAAGAUAUACAAGUUCAUGUUAAAGACAAGCUUGGCUUCAAAAUAAAGACAAAUUGUAUUGA